AUGGCAGAAACAAAGAAGAAGAUUCCUUUAGUAGAGAUUAUCUCAAAGGAGAUGAUAAAACCUUCAUUACCCACUCCCUCUCAUCUCCGCUCCUACCAAAUCUCUUCCCUCGAUCAAUUUGCAGAUCUCAGCUACAUUCGUGUCGUUUUCUUCUACAAUCGUCCUCUCGCCGGAGAAGAUGCUGUUUCCGGCGAUACUAAUGACGUUAUUCAAGUCCUCAAAAGUUCAUUAUCCGAAACCUUGACCCAUUACUACCCUCUUGCCGGAAAGUUCGUGGAGAAGGAUGCCUUGAUUGACUGCGACGACUCCGGCGCUGAGUUUACCACCGCCGUCAUUGUCGGCGGCGGUGAUGGUGUUUUUUUGGGUGCAAUCGAGAAUCCAGAUAUAGAUUUCCUUGAUAAACUAGUUAGUAAGGAAGAUGAUGAUACAUUGAAAUCAGAGGAGGAUGUCAUUCUAGCGGUACGAAUAACACGAUUUCCUAGAGGUGAAAUUUCCGUCGGAAUUUGUCUUGCUCAUAAGAUAUCAGACGCAGGCACUUUAUGCUCUUUCAUGAAGUUAUGGUCGGCGGCGGCAAGAAUCUUAAUCUCCGGCGAAUCGAGUUUCAAAGAAUUAACUGUUCUCGGACCUGUUUUCGAUGCUCCGAGGUUAUGGCCUUCCGUUCCCGGAUGUCCCCGUCGACCAAUACCCCUCAAAGAUGAGAAAAUAAUAAUGAAAAAGCUUGUUUUCAAUUCUUCAAGUCUAACAAGACUGAAAUCGGAGUUGUCGGAAGGGGUCGUCGGAGAAGGAGUUCCGACGAGAGUAACAUCUCUGAUGGCUCUCAUUUGGCACGCGGUAAUGAAUUCUUCAUCCGAACCACCGACGAAGCACAUGCUAGGAUUUCCAGCAAACAUUCGUAAAAAAAUGUCUCCACCUCUACCCGAUAACACAUUCGGGAACAUAGUAAAAUUUGUGACGGUUGCGAAUAGUGUGGGUGAUGUUACUCUUGGAGGGGUUUUGGGUCUGAUAAAGGAGGUUAUUGGGAAAGUGGAUGAGGAAUAUGCUAAGAAGAAAGGGGUGCCAAUACAUGAACCAUUUUUGAAAAUGUUUUCUUCUUUGUCUAAAAUGAAUAUGACUAUAAUAACAAGUUGGUGUUGGUUUCCUUUUUACGAGGUUGAUUUGGGACGAGGCAGGCCGGUUUGGAUGACUUGUUUAAGACGAGCUGUUUUAUCAGACAUUUUAUUAAUUGAUGGACCGGAUGGAGGAAUUGAUGCAUUGAUUGGGCUAAAUGUGGAGAUAAUGGACAAGUUUGAGAAGAACCCGAAUAUCAUUUCCUUUUGUGAUCACUCCAUUACAUAUGGAUGAAAUUAAUUGUUUUUGAGUUUCUUGUUUGUUUUAAUUAUGUUUUUAUAAUUUGGGUUUUAUGUUGAUGUAUUUUACAAUUUGGGUUUGAUGCAACUUGUGUUUGAUUGAAGAAAUAAUGGUAUCUAAUCUAAAUUCCUAAUAAAAUAAAAUAAUGGUCUUCAACUA